CCAUGAGGCCAUGAAGGGGGGGGGGGGGAACCACACCGACAUCAUCGUCAUCAGACAUGUUUGGGUUGAUGUUUAACGCGAGGACGAGCGGCUCGUGGCUCUGCCGCCGCCCCUCCGGGCUGCGCAGUCUGCCGCACCUCACCGAGCGCUCCCCCAGCAUGUCGUCAGACUCCCACUGGCUCCCCCCUGCUGACCGCGACCUGCAGGUGAUGGAGCUCAAAACAUCUGGAUGGGUGGAGGUAGAGGAGCGCGACGCCAUCUUCAAAGAGCUUCACUUUAAAACGUUCAACCAGGCGUUUGGCUUCAUGUCUCGAGUGGCUCUGCAGGCGGAGAAGAUGAACCACCACCCGGAGUGGUUCAAUGUUUAUAACAAGGUGCAGAUCACGCUGACCACGCACGACUGUGGAGGGCUGUCCAAGCGCGACAUCAAGAUGGCAAAGUUCAUCGACAAAAUCGCCACUUCGAUGUGAGGUUCCUGCUCUUUGAUCAGAAGGUCCGAUCCUCCGGGUUCCAUCACAUCUGGGGACGAUGAUGUUUUAUGAAGAAGAAAACAUCCUUGUUUUGAUUGAAUAAAAUGCUUUUGGAGAAAACCUUUGUGUGGUUCAGGUUCC